AUGGGGAAUACAUGCUGCAAUAAUCAGACAAUUGAUACAGGUAUUUGUAGAUGUUAUGAAUAUGACAGAGAAGUAACUAGAGAGUCGACCUUAGAAUCCAGGAUAGCCAUCUGAAUAGGAGCCUAAUAAUGUUGAGGAGACUCUGAAACAUAUCAUUUGUAAGUGUAAUGGAUUUAGUAUAGCUUAUCCAACAUUGUCAGUGUAGCCCUCAUUAUUCAUACAAAUGAAAAGAGAGACCAUCUAUAGUACAUAUUCAGUAGGGAAGUUAUUGGGAGAAGGUUAGGAUUUUAUUGAUAUCUAAAUUAGGUGCUUAUGGAUAGGUUUCGAUUGUCACGCAUAGAGUGACUGGGAUGCAAAGAGCUAUGAAGGCCAUAAGAAAGGAUUGUCUGUUUGAAGAAGAAUAAGCUAAGCUAUUUUCGGAAAUGACAAUUUUGAAAAAUCUUAAUCAUCCGCAUAUCGUCAACCUGUUCGAGUUAUUUGAAGAUGAGAAGUUUUAUUAUUUAAUAACAGAGUAACUGAGUAUUAAUAUGGUAGGUAUUUAAGAGGAGGCGAACUCUUUGAUCGCAUUCAGAAGGCCAAGAGCUUCAGUGAGGCAGAUGCUGUUCGAUACAUGAAACAAGUUAUCUCUGCAGUUGCUUAUUGUCAUUCAAACAAUAUAGUGCAUAGAGAUCUCAAACCAGAAAAUAUCAUUUUUGCAUCUGAAGAUCAAUACUCCACCUUGAAAGUCAUUGAUUUUGGGACAUCACGCAAAUUUGAUAAAAACUAAAAUAUGUCAAAAAGAUUAGGAACUGUAAUCUACAUACCCUAUUCAUUAGCCAUACUAUAUUGCACCUGAGGUCUUGUAGAAGAAAUACAAUGAAAAAUGUGAUGUGUGGUCUUGUGGUGUCAUUCUCUACAUUCUAUUGGCAGGAUAUCCUCCAUUUUAUGGUCGAAAUGAAACUGAAAUCUUUGACAGAAUCCUGAAGGGCAAAAUACCAUUUCACACUGCUGAGUGGAAUAAGAUAUCCAAGGAAGCAAAAAACUUAAUUACCAAUAUGUUAUGUUAGGAUGUAGGGAAGAGGUAUUCUGCCUAAUAGGUGUUGGAUGACCCUUGGAUGUAAUAGGGAUAAGAACAAAAUUUGGUUGAUGACAAUUUCUUAAAGAAUCUUACUGAAUUUAGUGCUAAGAGUAAACUUAAAUAAGCCUUGCUUACUUUUAUGGCUAGUCAAAUGAUUUAGCCCAAAGAAGUCGAACAAAUUUAAGAGUUGUUCAAAUAAAUGGAUAAGAAUAAUGAUGGAAAAUUAUCCAAGGAAGAAUUGGUAGCAGCAUUUCAAUAGAAGGUGUAGAGUAAGGAUAGACUGAUUGAAAAUAUCGAGACGAAGAUCUCUAAAAUUGUAACCGAAAUAGAUGUGAAUUUAUCUGGAUACAUCGAUUAUACUGAAUUUAUUAUGGCAUGCUUAAAAUACGAGAAAUUGCUUACGAUCGAAAAAAUUAAGCAAACCUUUAAAAUAUUUGAUAUUGUAAUGAGUACACAUUAUUCUAGGAUGGUGAUAAUUAUAUCUCUAAAGAAGAAUUAUCACAUGUCAUGGAAGGAGUGGAUGACGAUAUAUGGAAGCAAUUUUUAGCUGAAUGUGAUCAGGAUAACGACGGUAAGAUUUCAGAAGAGGAAUUCAUCAAUCUGUUACAAGAUAAAUUUUGA